GGAGGGGCUGGAGGCUGUGAACUUCAACCCAUAUGAGACGAAACUCAUUCGGGAACACGGAGGCAGCGGCACGGGUAGCGCGCCUUUGAUGUAUGUCCUAGCGGUUAAAUGGCACCAGCUACGGGGGACCUAUUGAGCGGCGUGAGGCGCAGGAGCUUGAGGAGCUUGAACACACGAGUUUCAAGCUGUGGAUAUGCUGGAUGGCUCUUUCUGUAGUUCCGUUGUGCAGCGGUUGUCUGUUUGUAGGACAAUUUUGCUGAAGCCAAAUGCUUUAAAGGUGCAUUGGCUUGUUGUUAUGCAGGAAUGAUUUGGCAAAUUGUGGGUAUGGGUGGUUUGUGUCGCUGACGAAGGGAGGAUGGGAGUAGCUCAACUGCUCAAGCAACCAAGGACGGUACGGCAUGACAGUUGAAAACUUGCGUCAGUUCGCAACUAGGCACUGGUGUCUUAGUUGAGCGUCGUUAAGCAUCUUGAUAACUCUGAAACAAGGAUAUCGAGCGUGGCUGCCAUGUCCAAUGCCAAGAAAUGGGUGCCGCUCGAGAGCAAUCCAGAUGUCCUGAACGAAUUCGUUUCCAAGCUUGGCCUUGAUGUAUCUGAACACUCUUUCUCAGAUGUCUUUGGACUGGAUGAGGAACUUCUGGAAAUGGUACCGAAGCCAGUUAUCGCUGUAAUAUUGUGCUAUCCCGUAACUUCUGAAAGUGAUGCUUUGGCUAAAAAAGAGGAUGAAGAGCAGGCGGCUAAAGGGAUGCCGGUCGACGCAAAGCUCUUCUACAUGAAGCAGACUAUCGGCAACGCGUGCGGCACAAUUGCGGUUCUGCAUUCUAUUGGCAACAACUUGAGCACUAUGGACCCCGCGGAUGGCAGCUUCCUUCAGCAGUUCUUUUCCGCAACGUCCGGAAUGUCCGCGGCGGAAGCUGGCAAGUACUUGGAGGAACCCCCUUCAGGCGCACCCAGCAUUGAGGAGGCACACCAGGCUGCUGCUGCAGCGGGCGACACCGCACCACCAUCCGCCGACGAAGAUGUGGACCUGCACUUCGUCGCCUUCGUGCACAAGGACGGCCAGCUGUGGGAGCUGGACGGCCGCAGGGCAGGACCGGUGUGCCGGGGGCCCAGCAGUUCGGAGACGCUGCUACAGGACGCGGCCCGAGUGGUGCAGGACUUCAUUAGCAGGAGCAGUAGCCUUACGUUCAACGUGUUGGCGCUGACUGCAACUGCCGGCGGUGGGGCUUAGGCUGUAUCCUUCUCGAGGGGUUACGUCGAGGGGUUACCUGCCAUAGUAUGGAUCAAUCCGGCGUUAGGAUGUGGGUACAAGUAUUUCCUGAUAACACGGCAUUGGUAAUGUGUUGCGGCGUGUUGGAGCGUACGUGGAAGGUCACAAAGGGUCUGUGACCUGCAACUAUGUGUCAAGGAAGUUAAGGUGGUAUGUAAGUAGACUUGCAC